UUAGAGUAUAGAGUAAUGAUCUUUCGGAUAAGCUAAAUAUCCGAAGGAGAUUAGAGCCAGCCAAUUGCGUAGUGAAGGACAAGAGAAAAAAAAGACGAGCUUGAACAGUGUGGGUGUCACGUUUGAGGUUGCUCACUUCGCCGGGAGGAGGAGGAGGAAGACGACCCGAAGGCGCGAGGAAAUGGGGAAUUGAUGCAAAAGCACGGCGUCGUCUAUAAAUAGUAACCUCACCGGAGCCGGAAAUGCCGCUACUCUCCUCCUCCACCUCCACCUCCACCUCCUCCUCCUGCGGCGAUCCGGCCCCUCUGAUACCGUCCGCGGUGGAGGAGAUCUUGCCGUUCUUGCGCUGGAUCUAGCCGUCGGGGACUGACCGACUGACUGACUGACUGAUUGAUUGGUUGGCUGCUUUGUCUCUCCUCGUCGACCCGUUUCCGGCGAACGCGCCUCCAAAGCGCCGCCGCCGCCGCCGCGGGCUCGAAGGAGCUUAUCUGAACGACCUGACCCAAGAAGAGGAGGAGGAGAAGGCGGCAUGAAGAGGGUGUCGUCCCACGUCUCCAUUGCCUCGGAGGCGGAGAUCAACCUCGAUCUCUCGCGCCUGCUCAUCGACAAGCCGAGGCUGACGCUGGAGAGGAAGAGGUCGUUCGACGAGCAGUCAUGGAGCGAGCUCUCCCACCGGCAGAACGACGGCUUCGACAGCAUCAUGCACUCGCCGGCGUUCCCCUCCGGUUUCGACUCGCCCUUCUCGCUGGGGACGCUGGGUGAUCCUCACCCUCUCGUGAACGAGGCGUGGGAGGCGCUCAGGAAGUCCGUGGUGUACUUCCGCGGCCAGCCGGUUGGGACGAUUGCUGCUGUAGAUCAUGCAUCUGAGGAGGUGCUCAAUUAUGAUCAGGUUUUUGUGCGGGAUUUUGUUCCAAGCGCGUUGGCUUUUCUAAUGAAUAAUGAGACUGAUAUAGUGAAAAACUUCCUCUUGAAAACGCUCCACCUGCAAAGCUCGGAGAAAAUGGUGGACCGUUUCAAGCUUGGAGCAGGAGCGAUGCCUGCGAGUUUUAAGGUGGAUCGUAAUAGGAAUAGAAACACUGAAACCUUAGUUGCAGAUUUUGGUGAGAGUGCAAUUGGUAGGGUGGCUCCAGUGGACUCUGGGUUUUGGUGGAUUAUUCUCCUCCGGGCAUAUACAAAGUAUACUGGUGAUACCAGUUUGGCAGAAUCACCAGAUUGUCAGAACUGCAUGAGGCUGAUACUGAACCUCUGCUUAUCUGAGGGAUUUGAUACCUUCCCAACUCUGCUCUGUACAGAUGGUUGCUCAAUGAUAGAUCGUCGAAUGGGCAUAUAUGGUUAUCCUAUCGAGAUCCAAGCUCUAUUCUACAUGGCUUUACGAUGUGCUCUCCAGAUGCUUAAGCCAGAUGGUGAAGGGAAGGAUUUCAUAGAGAAGAUAGGGCAACGAUUACAUGCAUUAACCUAUCACAUGAGAAAUUACUUCUGGCUAGACUUUCCACAUCUGAAUAACAUAUACAGAUAUAAAACAGAAGAGUACUCCCACACUGCUGUGAACAAAUUCAAUGUCAUCCCGGAUUCAAUCCCUGAUUGGGUGUUUGAUUUCAUGCCAUGCCGGGGAGGCUACUUUCUUGGCAAUGUCAGCCCUGCUAUGAUGGACUUCCGGUGGUUUGCCCUUGGAAAUUGCAUUGCCAUUAUAUCAUCUCUAGCUACUCCAGAACAAUCAGUUGCAAUAAUGGAUCUGAUUGAGGAGCGAUGGGAAGAGCUAGUGGGUGAGAUGCCUCUGAAGAUAUGCUAUCCUGCUAUCGAGAACCAUGAAUGGAGAAUAAUCACUGGUUGUGACCCCAAGAACACCCGGUGGAGUUAUCACAAUGGAGGAUCGUGGCCAGUUCUUCUGUGGCUGCUGACAGCAGCCUGCAUCAAGACUGGGCGUCCACAGAUGGCAAAGCGUGCCAUUGAGCUUGCUGAGUCCAGGCUGCUCAAGGACGGCUGGCCUGAGUACUACGACGGCAAGCUGGGACGGUUCAUCGGCAAGCAGGCCAGGAAGUUCCAGACAUGGUCCAUCGCCGGCUACCUCGUAGCCCGCAUGAUGCUGGAGGACCCGUCGACCCUGAUGAUGAUCUCCAUGGAGGAAGACCGGCCGGUGAAGCCGACCAUGCGGCGGUCGGCAUCAUGGAAUGCCUGAACGAAUGUUUUCAUAGAUUUUUGUUCUCUCUCCUACAGAAAAAGUUUAAUGUGAAAGAUUGUAGGAGUUAUGUCCAAACUUGAAAAAGGAUAUCAAGUUUUACUGUAACUGUACUCUUAUCAGCAGUUAGGACAGAGGUGUAUACGGCAGAUCAUAGUUGUUUCAGAGCAAUUUUGCCCGACUUGUUUAUGUUUGGUGUCAUUCCAGAAAAGAAGUUUUUGUCGUCGAAACAUUUUGCAAUAAUCAAACAGUUUUGCCUUGAUAUA